AUGGCAGAUGAGCCGCUGUCGGACGACAAGCCUUCACUGGAGUUGGAUCGAGAUGACAUCCAGCGUUUAAAGGAAGUGAUGCGUCCUGACCCCGACUGGAUCUCCUUUUCCUCCACGGAGGCACGCUGGAUUAAUUUCAAUCCACAGAUGCGCGCUGUCUUCGGGAGGGGCAGGAGCUGUCGGUGCGAUGAGUCUGCGGUUAAUGCAUGGAUCGACGAAGCGAUGAGUGUGUUAUUUCACUGGAUAUCGAAACAGAUCAUUGCCACCGAUGCCAGGGCAGCUCUUUUCCGCUCCCUGGGUCGGGGCUGGAUUUGGAUCCAGCUCUCCUCCUCUGGCGGCAGGGAAGACAAAAGCAAGUUGCCGGAGGAGCAGAGAACGCGCUUCAAGUGGUGGUUUGAGAAUCUCAACCGUGUCUUGCGGAACCGCCAGCAUGACAUCGACAAGCUGAAGCUGAAAGGCGAUAUGCUUAAAAAGUACACCACAGGCUACAUGCCGAUGUCGGAGUUAGUAUUUCUGAUCUAUGGCAUUGCGCCGGCCAUGCCAAUCAUUGGCAUUCAGAAGUGGUCCCCGCACUACAAGGAAGUCGACAGAUGGGCUCGUGACGACCUUGUCAGGCAAGCGGUCGCAAAGCCAAUCGCAUCGGAAGCAGAAAGACAAGAGUAUGCAGCACAUGUGGAGCAACAGAAGACGCGCAAGCAGCGACAGAGAGAGAAGCAGAAGAUGAAGAAGCAGCAGCUCCAACAACACGAGCAGCUGCUCCAGGAUGACAGCCCGACGCUAACAGGACCUGCACGCAUGGAGCAGUCCAACACAGAGUUUGAGAGCUUGCUGGCGUCAUUGAAGAGAGAAGCGGGCCUGGCGCCGGGCGAGCUUUCGCCGGAUGGGUCGCCAUUGUCGAGCGAGGAGAUCUUGGGCAUAGCUCCGGUCAAGGCCGAAAAGGCCGAGUCCAAAUCUCCAGAGAAGGCCGUGAAGGCCAAAAGAAAGGCCCGUCCGGUCAAAGUACCUACAGACGACGAAUUUCAUGAUUGUCUUAGUGGAAGCGACUUUUAG